AUGGCCCCCUCCACCAUGUCUGUCUGCUCUGACGCCUGCACCAACUCCUCCUGGCAGGUGGACGACUGCCCAGAGAGCUGCUGUGAGCCCAGCUGCUGUUCCCCCAGCUGCUGCCAACCCAGCUUCUGUGUGCCCAACUUCUGCCAGUCCAGCUGCUGUGUGCCCAGCUGCUGUGUGCCCAGCUGCUGCCAAUCCAGCUCCUGUGCCCCAAGUUGCUGUGCCCCAUCCUCCUGCCUGACCCUUAUCUGCACCCCAGUGAGCUGUGUGCCCAGCCCCUGCUGCCAAUCUGCUUGCAGCAGCUGCUGCACACCCUCAUGCUGCCAACAGUCUAGCUGCCAACCAGCUUGCUGCACCUGCUUCCCCUGCCAGCCAUCCUGCUCUAUGACCCUUUGCUGCAAGCCUGUCUGCUGCACACCCAUCUGUUCUGGAUCCUCCCCAUGCUGCCAGCAGUCUAGCUGCCAGCCCUCAUGCUGUCAAUCCUCCUGCUGUGUGCCUGUCUGCUGCAAGCCUGUCUGCUGCAAGCCCUGCUCCAGCAUGUCCCUGCUCUGCCGCCCUGUGUGCAGACCUGCCUGCUGUGUGCCUGCCUCCUCCUGCUGUGCCUCCUCCUGCCAGCCCAGCUGCUGCAAGCCCUGCUCCAGUGUGUCCCUGCUCUGCCACCCUGCCUGCUCCCGCCAGGCCUGCUGUGGUCUCUGCUCAGGCCAGAAGUCCAGCUGCUGCUGA